AUGGCCGGUCCGAAGGGGCCCGAUAGAACUGACGGCAUUCAGCCGAAUGCUAUCCGGGACGAUGUGGAUGAGUCGACGGAGAAAUUCGCCAGUCUUGAAGACACUUCAGGACAUAUGCUUCACAAACAGCUGGAAACUCGCCACAUGACCAUGAUUGCACUUGGGGGUGCGCUGGGAACAGGAUUGCUCAUUGGAACAGGCUCUGCACUUGCUACGUCAGGUCCUGCGGGAGUACUCAUAGACUACAUCAUUGUUGGCUGGGUCGUCUUUAUCAUCAUGACUGCUUUGGGUGAGAUGGUCUCCUAUAUGCCCCUAACGCAAGGAUUCGGCGGUUACGCUACCCGCUUCGUGGACCCGGCACUUGGCUUUGCGACAGGCUACACCUAUUGCUUCAAGUACAUGAUUGGUACAGCCAGUCAGCUUUCGGCCUUCGCCUUGGUUAUGAAGUACUGGGUAGGCGACAGCGUGAACCCAGCUGUCUUCAUUUCUAUUGCACUCGUUGGAAUUAUCAUCAUCAAUAGCGUCAACGUACGGACGUUCGGAGAGGUGGAAUUUUGGCUAUCGCUCUUCAAAGUACUUACCAUGGUAGGCAUUAUCCUCCUACUCUUUAUCCUUGCCGUUGGUGGCGGUCCGUCGGGUGAUCGACCAGGCUUUCGAUACUGGCGCGAUCCCGGCCCUUUCGCCGAGUUCAAGGUUAAGGGAGAUGCAGGUCGCUUUUUAGGCAUCUGGUCUGCCUUGGUCACCGCGGUUUACGCAUUCACCGGCACUGAGCUCGUGGCCGUUACAGCCGGCGAGUCCAAGAACCCUCGUCUGAGCAUGCCGAAAGCUGCUCGCUUGAGCUUUUACCGCGUUUUUUUCUUCUAUGUCCUGUCGGUUUUCUUCCUCGGCAUGGUGGUACCCUACAAUUCUGAGGCGCUUGCAUUCGCAACUCAUGCCAGCAAAUCUGCCGCCGCCUCGCCCUUUGUUGUAGCCAUAAGGCUCGCUGGAAUUAAGGGCCUUGACCAUGUCAUCAACGGCUGCAUAGUUCUGUUCGUUCUUUCGGCUGCGAACUCGGACUUCUACAUCGCCUCUCGAGGACUAUACGGCAUAGCUGCUGAUGGAAAAGGUCCGACAAUCUUUGCUCCAAGCGGUGCCAAGGUGUUUGGCUACCUUACAAGCUGCGUGACUGUUUUUGGUCUCUUGGUGUGGAUGUCGAUCUUACUAUGCCAUAUCGCGUUCCGCAGGGCUCAGUCUAUUCAAGGAGUCGACCCUGCCUAUGUCGCUUAUCGAGCACCGUUCGGCACAGUGGGCUCAUAUAUUGCGCUGGGUUUCCUCAGUGUCCUUAUCAUCACUAAAGGAGCCGAGAUAUUCGUCGGUGAUAAUUUCGACUACAAGACAUUUAUCCUCGGUUACAUCGGCAUUCCGGUUUACUUGGCCCUGUAUUUGGGUUACAAAUUCUCCAUGAGGAGCUCAUACGUUAGAGCUGCAGAAGCUGAUCUUGUUACCGGCGUCCCCACGAUUACUGUAGCAGAGGAGAAAGCAAUAUACGAGGCUUGUCGGAAAGAGCGGGAGGAGGCCAAACCUCGGGUCUAUUGGGUUCGCAAAUUCUAUAAGUUCCUUGCAUGGUUGUUCUGA